AUGGGAUCUUGGUUUGCGAACGUGAGGGCGCCGAAGGAGGGAUGGAGACUGGAUAUUGUAUCGCUAUUGGCAGUCAUUGGGGAAGGGAGCAUGGAAGCACAUAUGCAACCCAUGACUUCAAGUUGGACAUGCAUUCUCCCUCGAAUAAUGCCAGCUCCCCAAGCUCUCCUCAAACCAAGUCGACCAACACGAAUGCCCUCAUUUCCUGCAUCCGUCGUCGGUGUCAGUAACGGCACCUUUGUGCCUGUCCUCAAUUUCUUCCCAAGCAUCAUCCAUCCUAUCGACGACCUACCAGCAUUCGCGUUUAAACUCCUACAAAUCAAACGCAAAAGCGAUAUCCGACCCAGCGAUGCCGAACCGACGACAAGUGAGAAGACAAUAGUGUCAGGAAAUGACGCCGGGGGGGAGGAAGCUCAAAUAUUCGAACCCACAGUGCGGCGCCGCGAGUCUACGUUGAGACAAAUCACCAAGGCGGCUACGAAGGUGUUACUUUCUGCGGAGCCACAUAUACCGACCAAGACAUUCUCUCCCCUUAAUGUGUUAUCAGUCAUAUCCUGUUUUCUCACGAUAGGACUGUUAAUAUGGGCGGCUCUCAUCGAAGACGGGACCGCCUGCGUAGCAUUAGGAAGCAUCUCCCUAGCAUCCUGCAUCGUGGGAUACGGAUCAUGGUGGUCACCUAUCCUAAAACAACGAGUAUUCCACGGCUACGUCCCAGCUGGCGACGUCGUCAUCCGUACUCGUGAAGGAGCCUUCAUAGUUGUAAAAUGCGACGAAGAAGUAGCGCGCGAACUCUACACCGGAACAGAAGAAUGCCAUUACUGGACCUCCACCAAAAUGUACCGCGUCCUCGUCGGUAUCGGCACUUUCCUCCUCAUGAUCUCGGUUGUGCUUCUAGGCAAUUGCGAUUUCCCAAUGCAAGCCGCAAUCGGCGGGUCGUAUAUCGCUCUGAACGGCGCCUUCUGGCUCAUCUCCCUGUUAGGCAAAGAUGCAUUCUGGGAUAUGUCCGUCUACGAAUGCACAGACAUAACACCCUCAGACGCCGCAUUCGCAGAAGAAUCCCACCCCCCAGACGUCGAAGGCAUCGCGAGCUACACACGCAGCCUCUGGUACGCGAUCCGCGAAACCGGCGGCGAAACAGCAUGGGCUCGCAUCAGCGGCGCGGCCCCCCAGACCAAGGAAUGGCGGGAUUGGCUUACUGAAGCGGGCGAGAAAGCGAAAGUUUCGGAGAGAUAUUGGCCUGCGGUGGAGCGACGCGGCGUGCUUAUUGGGACGGCGGAUCCGGCGAUCAGUGAUAGUAUUCAUGGGCCCAGUAGAGAGGAUUCUGGGUUUCCGGAGCAGCAUGCACCAGCGACGCAGAUUCCGCCGCCAGCUACAAGAUGA